AUGGCCUACUUCUUGCCAUCCUUCUUCCAGAAGCGGCUGCUCAGGUAUGCCCUGUCGCGUCUGGGUGUGGUAGACACCGACGCCCUCGACCCGGACAACCUGGGCAUCCGCUGGGGCCAGCGGAGCACCGUCGAGUUACGCGAUAUCGGCCUGAAGCUGGAGAAACUAGCGACCCUCCUCCACCUCCCGUCGUCAUGCGAGAUUCUUGCUGCUCGCGUGCAGUUCCUGCGGAUCACGGUCCCUGCUGAUAUAUACUCGAGCGGGAUCAUUUGCGAGGCCAGCGGGAUCGAUGUACAUGCGCGCUUGGUACCUGAAGAGCCAUCCCAUGGAGAUCAGGGGAAUCCACGAGGACUAGGCAUCCAUGAGGCAGGCACGGAACAGGUUCUUCCCACGCCGUCUGGACUGGCCGAGUCGUUCCUGGAGACCGAGCCAAAGGCAGAGAAAGAGGAGCUCCAAGCCGCCAUUUCGUCGCGGUCGCAGGUUUUACACCGCACAUCGUCAUCGCUCAGCGCCGAUGAGGAUGAGGAGCUCGGACUUGGUAGCGAGACACUAUCGCUCCCCAGCUUUGUGGCGGCGUUUCUCAAGGGUGUUGCGGAUCGCUUUCAACUGAAAAUCCUAGAUGUAGCCGUGCGUCUGGAUAUGGAGAUGAAGUCCGAUCGGCCUUCAAAACGACAGGCGGAGGAGAAACCGGAUCUUGUGGGGGGAUUGCUGAGUGUCAAGGAGAUCGAUGUGCAUGGGGUGUCCGCAUUCACUGCGGGCCCAGACGAGGCGCUUCCUCUGCGGGAAGGCAUGCGGCUAGUUUCUCUGGUGGAUAUCGAUGUCAGCUUGGUGUCUGAUCCGACGGUUUUUUCGAACUAUUCACGCUUUGCGGCUCCCGCUUCUCCGACUACCACAAUGCGCUCGAAAGGCAGCCAGCCAUCGAGCAGGGCUCCCUCGCCCUCGUUUUCUGAUUCUUCCGCCUCGGAGGCCGCUCUCGCUAUGACGCAGUCAACGAUCCUUGAACCUCCUCGAAAUUUAGUUGCUGGAAGCGCGACACAACCCGGUGUUGAGGCGUCUACAUUCUCUAAUGACGGCCGAUUUUCGGACGCGGGCUCGGAAUCUGAACGAGAUAGAUAUCCUGAGGACUCUCAAAUCUUUGGCCAUGAUGAUCCCUUUCGGGACAAUCCUGGGUAUUUGGAUUCGGUGAUUGAUACCCAGCUUGAUGAUUUGGAUGUUGAGCGGUCGCGCGGGAGUGGGAGAUACUCCCAUGGUCUUCCAUCACAUACCCGCCGAGAUAUUGAAGAUGCUGAAAAUAUAGGUGAUAGCAUAUAUGGAUCACGAUUGAGCGACACGCAGAACAGUGGUCAGGCUGGAACUGGAACUGCGGCCUUUGCAACGUCUCCUCGCCUCAUGAACGAUGAUUUUCAGCCAAGCCUACCACAACACAAAUCUCGCUCCUCGAUACCCUCUGGGUCUGGCAGUGCAGGCUCCGCACCAGAAACGCCAAAUGCAGAUCUAUCCGAGUCCAAAUUUUUCUCACACGAUGAAGCCCAGAGUCUAUAUAUGAGCGCUAUUAGCGGAGGCCCUGGUGGAAGCUUUAUGCCAAAGACCCCUGGAGGUUGGGACUCUUUCAAUGACGGCAAUGUGGAAAGAACCUCUCAAGAUGUUGUGAAACCCCCCCACAGUUAUCCCGGUGAAGAAGCUGAGCCCGCCCACCACGACCAAGACGAAGGCACCACUUCAACCCCCAAACACUCAGCUCCAUCCAACUCGUACCUCGACGAGCACCAGGGUUCAGAUGAUCUUCAGGCCCAGUCUCAAUCUGCCUCUCCCGAUAGAGUUUCGACUGGAUCAUCACCCUCCUUCGGCAAACCCAGUGAAUUAAGAAAACCAAUCUGCAAUAUUGACAAGGUAUUGGUAUGGCUGCCGUCUCCACCUCCAGAUGAAGGACUCUCGGGCGAUUCAUCGCCGUCGCUAGCUCGACAGAGAGCAGAUAGUGAUCCGAAACUUCUCGCGGCUGGCCUCCGUGCUCCUACAAUCGAAGACAGUCUUCUCGCUUCCAGGACGUAUGCAUCGACCCGGUUUCGAAGCGGGUCCAUUGACUCUCGCGGAUCCCAUGAAUCCGAACCGCGGCUCUCGGAGCACUCUGAGAAGCAAGCCACCUCUCAUCUGCAUGAGCUGGCAUUGGAAGUGCUCUCGGGAACAAUUUACUUUGACAUCGCGACUGGAUGGCUUUUGACAAAGAUUGGGCAACGGAUAUUACAUCUUCUUGGGGGACCUGAAGAGAAGAAGCCAAAAGAGCCGCAACUUCCAUCAGAUCAAACCGGGCUUGCAACAUCUCUCAAUCUUGUCGUCCACCGAUUUGCUGUCAAGUUCAUCGAACAUAUUCCUGGAAUCUCUUCCGAGCGUGCCGGUGUACCUUUGCCACUUUCUGGAAACUCCAUUGAAGACAUCAUUCUUCAGUUGACCAUGUCUGGUCUGAAAGCUCGCCUGUCCACUGGGUCGACGACAAAGAUCUCUAUUGAUGUGUCGAAAUUUGCAUUCGGAUUUGCUUCAGACAACCUCAUCUCUUUCAACGAGACAUUGAAAAUGCGCGAGUCCACCCGGGAUAUGCAGACGCCUUCACAAGGAGACAUCUCUCUCUCGGUAACCAGAUCAGCGGAUUCAACCAAGAUUAGCAUCUCCACGCUGCCUCUCCAGUUCAAUCUCAAUAUACAGCGUCUAGAAGAAGCCCUGGGUUGGAUGGGUGGGCUGAGCACGAUUUUGGAACUGGGAAGCUCUAUCUCAUCCGUGUCAACUGUCAAAGGCAGUCCAACGAACCCAAGGAAACCGCAUCGCGGUGUCCACUUUGAGACACCCGCUCCAGCAGACACGGCCAAAAGUGCAUCCGCGCCUUGGAAGGUGAAUGCUCGGGUAGGCGGUAUCGUGUUGGAUGUGAUAGGUGAAACACACUAUCUCAACCUGACUACAACUGCCGUCAAGAUUGUCAGCCGGUUUGAGGGCAUUGGUGUGCAGAUCGACAAAGCGAAAUUGAGUGGGCCGCUUCGACUUGAUGAUGAUCUUCAUGAUGCUCCUGCCAAAGCCACUCUGAGCAAUAUCAGAGUUGAAUUCCUGUUUGCGCCGAAGGAAGUCGACCUCGAUCGUCUUCUGACGCUGAUCACCCCGUCCAAAGACAAGUACGAUGAUGACGAUGAUAUCAUGCUGGAUACACUACUUCGACAGCGACGGCAGGGCUCUGUUCUGAGAAUCACAGUGGCCGGAGUGAAGGUUGUUGUUUCAAACACUGCAGGCUUGCACCCUCUUUCAUCACUUGGUGUUGAACUGAGCCGGUUAUCCAACGUCACGAAGUACCUACCUGAGGACGAUCGUCCGGGUAUUCUCAUUCUGGCACUGGUGAGAGACUUUGACGGCCAGAUUCACGUGGGAGGCGAAGUUGGAGAUAUUAAUGUUCACCUUGCCAACCCCGAGGUUGCCUAUAUAACCAUGCCUUCGUUGGUUGCCCUCCAGAUCGGAACAAUGACUGUCUUCCGCAAUGAAGAUGAGCAGCUGCUAGGCGAGACGCUGUUGCCGAGCAAAGAUCACACCCAGAUUCACCCGCAUCCACCGAUUCUGAUGGCCCGUUUUAUUCCUGAUGAAAUGGAUCCCACGUUCAAAGUCAAGUUGCAUCACCUGCGUGUUGAGUAUACCAUACCAUCUGUCAUGGCUUUCUUUGGACUGGGUGGCAACAUGACCAGUGGUGACUUGGCCAGUGGCAUGGUGGAUUCUAUUGCCAAUAUUGCCGAGUUACAGCCUUCCCAGGACGCAGAAGUGACGGUGAAUACACCAACUUCUGCUACAAAACCUGUAAAAUUGGCUGUCAUCUUCAGAGACUGUGUUCUGGGCCUCAAUCCUCGCAAUUCCCCCGCAAAGGGCCUUGUUGUGUUGACGAAUGCCAAAUUCGGAGGCUCGAUGCAUGGACAAGAAUCAUCAGAGGCCAAACUGGACAUCCGAAAAGCGUCGCUUAUGAUAAUUGACGACGUGGGAAUUGUCGGCACGGCCGAUAACCUACAUCGUCGUGGUUCAGCCGUCACUCAAAGUAAUCAAGUUCAGGCAUACAUCGACCAAGGCUACGUUCCCGUCUCUUCGAUUUCAUCCGCGACCGCUGUCGUGAAGCUGAUGUGUCUUUCCGAAGAAGGGGUGCAGUCAAUAGAUGUGGAGCUACGAGAUGAUCUUUUGAUUCUCGAGACCUGCGCAGAUUCAACGCAGACUCUUAUCAGCAUUAUAAAUGGUCUUCAGCCUCCAAUUCCCCCGAACCCCACCGUCAAAUAUCGGACGGAGGUCACUCCUCUUCACGACAUGCUCGCUUCAUUUUCGGGUGAUGCAUUCACCGCAGACCCUAACUUUCCUUCCGAGCUUGACGAACCGCUCCAGCCAGAUAUUCUCGAAGACGAGUUGGAGUACGUCAGUGAUUUCUAUCCUGUACAACGAGGCUCGAGUAGUGGCGGCCCUGCCGCUGCUACGGGGGUAUCUGAAACCCAGGACCUGCUUGACAGUUUUCAUUCUCAAUAUCAGGUCUCGUCCAGUAUCGGCGAACUGGAGUUCCAGGAUGACCAUUUCGCAAGGCAAUCUGCAGUUGGAGGAACCGCCCACCGAUGGGAUUCCACUCACAACACUUACGGCCUUUCAAACGACUCGAAGCUUCAACGCAGCCCUCUCCGAGUACGCGUUCGUGAUGUUCAUGUUAUCUGGAAUCUCUUCGACGGCUACGACUGGCAACAGACCCGAGAUACCAUCUCCAAAGCAGUCAAAGAGGUCGAGACCAAGGCCACAGAGCGACGAUCGCGAACAACGCGGAUGUCACCCAGCGCGGAGGACGAAGAAGAGUCCGUCAUCGGUGAUUUCCUGUUCAACUCAAUCUACAUCGGCAUCCCAGCCAACAAAGACCCGCGCGAGCUACAACGCGUGAUCAACCGCGACAUUGACGACCUCGCAAGCGAGACAGGGAGCUACGCUACUUCGACAACGGUGACGGCCACCGCAAGCCGCCAGGGUCGAUCAUCGUCUAUGCAUAGGAAAAAGUUGCGUCUGCAUCGCAGCAAACAUCACAAGAUGACCUUCGAACUGCGCGGGGUGUGUGCGGAUCUGGUUGUUUUCCCGCCGGGUUCCGACGAGACUCAGAGCUCGUUGGAUGUGCGCGUCCAUGAUCUGGAGAUUUACGACCAUGUACCCACGUCCACGUGGAAGAAAUUCGCUACGUACAUGCAUGAGGUUGGCGAGAAGGAAAGCGGGACGAGUAUGAUUCAUCUGGAGAUUUUGACUGUCAAACCUGUUCCUGAGCUCGCGGCUUCAGAGAUUGUUCUCAAGGCGACCAUUCUUCCGCUGCGACUACAUGUCGACCAAGAUGCCCUGGACUUCAUGAGCCGGUUCUUCGAGUUCCGCGACGAAUCUGCCGAGUCCGCCAGCGUCCCCGGAGACGUCCCAUUCCUGCAACGAGUGGAGGUGAACGCCGUCCAGGUGAAACUUGACUUCAAGCCCAAGCGGGUCGACUACGCGGGGCUCCGGUCCGGUCGAACUACAGAAUUCAUGAACUUCUUCGUGCUGGAUGGUGCUGACAUGGUGCUUCGCCAUGUGAUCAUCUACGGGGUCUCGGGCUUCGACCGGCUGGGCCACACGCUCAACGACAUUUGGAUGCCGGAUAUCAAGCGCAACCAGCUCCCCGGCGUUCUUGCCGGCCUCGCACCCAUCCGGUCAUUGGUGAAUGUGGGCGGGGGCGUGCGAGACCUGGUUGUCGUGCCCAUGCGCGAAUAUCAAAAGGACGGCCGGAUCGUCCGAAGCAUCCAGAAAGGCGCCCUCGCCUUCGCCAAGACCACGUCCAACGAGCUGAUCAAGCUGGGCGCCAAACUGGCCAUCGGCACGCAGACUGUCCUCCAGGGCGCGGAGGAUCUCCUGGCCUCUCCAAAUGCCGCGAUGGCAUCGGAGGAAGACCAAGUCGACGAAGACGAAACCAAGAGGAUUUCCUUGUAUGCCGACCAGCCCAUCGGGGUGGUCCAGGGUCUCCGCGGCGCGUUCACAGGUCUCGAGCGAGACCUGCUUCUGGCGCGCGAUGCCAUCGUCGCCGUGCCGGGGGAGGUUGUGGAAAGUGGCAGCGCCCGAGCCGCCGCCAAAGCCGUGUGGAAGCAUGCGCCCACGGUUAUCCUGCGUCCGGCCAUUGGUGUUUCCAAGGCCGUGGGCCAAACCCUGCUCGGCGCGGGUAAUACAUUGGACCCGAGCAAUCGGCGGAAAAUGGAAGAUAAAUAUAAACGACAUUGA